AUGACCGCGCCGGAGCGCGAGGGAGGAAAACAAAGGCACCUCCCGCUAGCCGGUACCUGCGGCGCCAGGGCCCGGCGCCGGCCGCACACUCACCUGGGGCUCGGCGCCGCCGAGGGCUGCGGGGCGCCCCCGCAGUCGACCAGACCGGCGGCCCCGGCGCCCUCCGGCCGGUCCGUGCGCGCCGCGGGGAAAGCAGGCGGCCGGGGGCGCCGCCGCGCGUCGCAUGCAGCUCCCCACUGCGGCGGCCGCUGCCAAGGGGCCCAGGGACCCUGCGCUGCCGUCCCCGACCCCGCGACCCGAGGCGGCGACGGGAGAGACGCGGCGCAAGAGCAGAGCGCGUCCGGUGCGCCCCUCAGCGACUCUUCCCGCCGCCCUCCGCAGCGGGCUGGGUCUCCGCUCGCCUUUGUGCUGGCAUCUUCCUUCGCUCCCAGCGACACUCGGAGCUCCUCUGGCGGCUCCGCGCCGCCGCCCACCCCCGGGUUACGCCGCGCCCCCCGCGCGACCCGCCGAUUGUGUCGAGUCAGCACCCGCGGCGGCGGGGACGCGCGAAGCCAUGUCUCCCGCCCGCGCUCGAGAGGGCGCCGGGGGUCCGGGCGCCGCGAGGAGGUUUCCGGCCGAGUUCGGCGACCCCGGCGGGGCGCGGCGCGUGCCCGAGCGGCUCCGCAGCGUGCGGCUCCGCAGCGUCCGGCUCCCCGGCGCUCGCUCUCCUGGCGUCGCCCGCGAGCAGUGCGCCGGCACGCCUGGAUCUCCCCUAUCGCCGCUACCCGCCGCCUGCCCGGGCGCCCGCCCCAACCAACCCCUGCGCCCCGGCCCUCGGAGAGCGCAGGGCCGGCCCGCUCACCUCCGGCGGCGCCGGCGCCCCUCCCGUUAGACGCCUGGGCAGCAUCUGCCCGCACCUUCCUGCGGGGCGCUUGGCUGGGGGGCUUCCUGCACGUCGGGGACCGGGGAAAGGGAGUCGGGGGGCAGGGGGAAGGACGGGAGGGACAGCCAGACCUUGGCCAGCUGGACCUCCUGAGGAAGGUGCGGGAGAGUGGGGCGGGUACAGCCGGGCGGAAGACGAAUCCCGAGGCUGCGGAGGAUCCGGAGCUUCUCUCCUGCGACGCCGAAGGACACGAGAGUUCUGAGAGGCGCCGUGGAGGAAGGAGACCCUCUGAGGUCAUGCGAGCAGGUCUCUGCCCAAAUCCCACCGAAAAGCUGAAUGGAGGAGUGUCAUGCCUCGGUUUCCCCAACUGCAAGGGCAAGACGGACUCCAAGAACUGAGGACAGACUUGUACACUACUUGAAUUGUGUCUCCCAAGAUCUUUGCAUGGACUCUAACUGCUGAUUAUAUGAGUGUCCUGACUCUUCAUCAUCCUAGGUUACCUCCUUUCUAUGAAUGUGCUCAAGUUUGUGAACACUGCCUCUGAAGUGUAGUGUCCAAAGCUGAACCCAAAGGCAGAUUCCAAGAAACUGAAACAUCAAGCCCCUUCUAACACCACAGGCGGAAUCCUAGCAAUAUGUUCCCAUGGUCUUACAUUUCUGUAAAGGUUUAAACAGUAAAAUAUUUUAAUCUCAAGAGCCUGCUGUAUCCUUUCAUCUAACUUCCAUUCUGUCAUAAUUUCCCUUCUGUCUGGAAGCAUUGUGGUGGUCGUGGACAUUUGGGGACCUGGCUAAGGGAAAAUUGACUUUGUAAGUGGAAUAAAUGUAUGUAGUUCAUGGGCAUCACAGCCUAUAGUAACAGUGACAUCUAUUCCAGCAGCUCAAAGGCCUACAGUUAUCUCACCACAGGUUAUUAUGACACAAAGGUGGAGGGCCAGACACCUUAUCAGCAAAUGAAUAUGUCCUUCAGGAUCCAGCAUGUAAGUAUACAGGUAACGGGGUAGACAAUAUUUGGAAUACAUGGACCCAGAACUGGAAUGUGGAAAAUCCCCCCACACCUUAAUAUAUGGGAAAGAAGUUUGGUAGAGAUUUUUCCAUAUUUGACGAUAAUCUUAAAAAUGUAUAUAACUUUUCCAAUAAUGAACUGUAGACUGGAAAGAAACUCUUCUAAAGUAUCAAUAAUAAAAAGAAAUUUCAAUCAACUACGCUAACGGAAAGACUGAAAUAGCUAUUAAUGCUAUAGAACAAAAUGUGACAGAAUCAUUUUUACAUGAAGAAGAAAACAGUAUACAGCCAAAAUGUAGGGAAAAGUAUUGUAAAAGUAUAUUAGGCAAUUAAUUUUUUUAAUAAUUGUAUUUGUUUAUAUUUGAUGAUGUCUGAUACUUGUGAAUUUAAUUUGUAAUCUGUUGUGAUUUUUAAUUCCAAAUAUUUAAAAAAAAUCUAAACUGUGUAUUCUUUUCGUGUGUGUGUAUGUGUGUGU